AUGAAAAUAUUAUUGUGUCUCGCAAUAUUCUUCAUUGGCAGCAAUUGCCAGCAGUCUGUGACCAAACAAAAAGAGAACCGCAUAGUGCGACCAUGCUCCACCUCCGACAUAGACUGUAUCAGACGAUACUUCGGUGACCAUGCCCAGUGCCGGGUGACCCACGGUCCUGUCCCCGAUCCCAUGUACUUCAAGCACACUUACGCGUUCCUACCUGCAGCCAACAUGACACUGACCAGUGAUGACUUCUACCGUACUAAUUUGAACGGCAGGAUCGAGGAGUUUUACAUCAACAAGGAAACCGACAAGCUGUUGAUAGCUUUGGAGUUCAAGAACCUGACUAUAUAUUCCAACAACAGUUACUUGGCUUACCACAGAAGAGCCAAGGAGCCCAUUAUUAACAAAACCACCCUAAGGAUAUUUAUCGAAAGAAUAAUAAACGAAAUGCCUUCUAAAUUCAUCUCGUUAAAUUAA